GGAGGCGCCCUCGGAGCCUGCCUUCUUCCAGGCGGAGCCGUAAACUCUUGGCCGCUUCCCUCUGCCGAGUCACGCGCGUGGGAGGCUCGUGUCCCGUGGAAAGGAGCCCUCCCUCUCUCUCGCGCGCGCUUCUGCCGCUCCUCUGGGCAGAGUCUCCGUCCUGGGAGGGUCCGCACCUUUCCGGCGGCUCGGUUUGAAGCCCAGGAACCCAAACUGGGGGAACCUGGGCUUCCUGGUCGCCUCCUGGCCGAGAGGCGUGUCCCAGGAAGGGAAGUGGAAGGGAAGGCCGGCCUCCCUCCCUCCGUGGCUGCAUCGCUGGCUGCAGGGCUUGUCUCUGAAGCGCCGGAAUGAAGUGUGUACUGAUUACCAGUGAAGGUGCAGAAGUCCUUUUCUACUGGGCAGAUCCAGAUUUUUUGGCAACCCUGCAGCAGCGUUUUGGGGCUGAUCAUCCUAAUGGUGAUAAGCCCCCUGCCGUGGAGGACAGCAUCAACACAUUGUUUGCCCCCAUGAUCAUCUCAUACGCAACAAUGCUAGAAAAGCUUGGUGAUUCGUACACUUGCUUCUCUGCUGAAAAUGGCAAACAUCUCUACGUCCUACACAUGUUUGGUGAGUGCCUGUACAUUGCGCUGAAUGGCGAUGGCUCUGAAAGCGAAGAUGACUUGCGUCGGAAGCUAUUUGUGCUCAGAAGACUCACUGAGGCUCACUUUGGACUGGUCACACUUGACAGCCAUCUCUUCCGCAGGGAGCUUCGYCCAAUAGAUUCUGAGCAACGUGCUCACAUCUGGGGACUGCUUCAGAGUCUGCUGGAAACCUAUACCCAGCUACGCCAGGAUGACCAGAGCUUUGCUGUAGAGGCUGUGGAGCGACUCAUCCAUCCGCAGCUCUGUGAACAGUGUAUUGAGUUCCUGGAGCGCCAAGUUGUGCAGUACAUCAACAGUGGCCCAGAACGAGCUGGGCAUGAACUAGUCCAUGCUUUCCUGCUUGUGCACACCAAACUACUUGCUUUUUACUCCAGCCGUAAUGCCAGCUCUCUGCGGCCUGCUGAUUUGCUCACUCUUAUCCUGGUUGUACAGGAUCUGUAUCCCAGCACUGCCUCUGAAGAACAGCCUAACCUCCAGGUUGCAGAAGGGGAGUCAAGUCUUCAGAGGCCCUUUGGCAGUGAGAGUAUCCCAGUGAACAGCCCUAGUUCCUCUGGAUAUUCAGAAGAACAGGUAGCAGAUGAUGUCUCUAUGCCCGAGGAAUUCUACACCCCUAAGGCUUCCCCUAGCGAACAGAGCACUGGAAGUGCUGUCUGGGUUGAGGGUGCAGAAUUUCAGGCUGAGGGGCAAUCAAAUUCUUCUGACAUCCAGAUGGCCGAGGAUUCGCUGCAGGCUCUGGUGCCUCCCACGCUAGAAGCUAACAAUCCACGGAGAAUUUUCCUGGAUGCCAACCUGAAGGAAGGCUACUGCCCCAUGAUGCCCCACACAAUGCACUGUCUUUCCCUCUGGCCAGGGAUCUCACUGGUGCUCCUCACUAAGGGUCCCAGUUCCCACGUGGCACUGUCCCUUUACCAGUUGCUAGAUGGACUUCUGGUGAUGGAGAAGAAACUGAAAGAGGGCCUGGAGCCCAAGCAGCCUUUGCGCUCUCAGCCCCUCAUGCUGAAACUCCGAGAUCGGAUGGACAAAUUUGUCAAGAAAUUGGGUGGGCAGGAGCCACAGUUGCAGAAUGCCUGGCUCGAUUUCAAGAACAAAGUUUUUCGUCCCAGUGAGUCUGGGAAUCCCUGGGAACUCCAGCAGGCAUUUUGUAAUGUUCGCCAACAGCUUUGUGCUGUGUACCGGCUUCUCUUUCUUGGAUCAUCAGGAGCUCAGGGCUUGUCUCGGAAUGUGCUGGACCGGGCACAGCAGUUCACACGGGACAAGCUCCAAGACUGGAGAGACUUCCUCCUUGUGAAGAGCAAGCGUAAUGUUACUAUGGUGUCAUACCUAGAGGACUUCCCAGGGCUUGUACACUUUAUUUAUGUGGACCGCACAGUGGGACAGAUGGUAGCUCCGUCCCUUGGCACUACGGAGGAUUCUGCUUCUGAACUCGGCAAGGGGCCCCUGCCGGCCUUCAUUAAGGAGAAGGUAUGGUCACUGGUGGCACUGGCUCGAAGUUACUUGCAGAAGGGCUACACUACAUUGACUAUCCGGGAUGGAGAUUACUAUUGCACCUACUUUCUUUGGUUUGAGAAUGAACAGGGCUACAAGCUAGAGAUUACAGAUGUGCCAGUGCUUUCUGAUGAUUCAGCCCCCAUUGGAACACUGGCAGGUGACUACUACAGGAAACUCAUCCGUUACUACAGCAAGAGUCAUACGAAUGAAGUGGUGAAGUGCUAUGAACUCCUGACCAUCCACUUGGGCAUCAUGCCCACAGAGUAUGUGAUCCAGCAAGCAUGUGACUUAGCCCGCCAACUCUGGGAGCCAACCCGCAUUCCCCUGCUUUAGGAGUCUUGUUUGGUGCUUUUUUUGUAAUUUGGGAAUUUUCUUCCCCUUAUUGUCUUCACUGCACUUUGGGUCUCUGCUGGAUUUACUUCCAUAUUUGAACAACGUAUUUUCACUCUGCAAAAUGGGAAGAUCUGCCUGUUUUUAACUCUUGUCAUGCUGAAUCAGAUACCCCUGCCUGAAAGCUUGACAUGAGACAUGGAAGCUAAUGGGACCAAUGGCUUUUGAGAUAGAGCUCCUGCCAUGGUGUUGACGCUCAGGGAAAUCCCUCUUCCACCUUCUCCUUGUGCAGAUACUUUUGCAGCCUUCUCUACCUAUGAAACAAAUGUUCUUAAGCCAUAACAAUGAUAUGCCAAAGCCUGCCCUUGCCAAAAAUUCCAGCCAAUUUGCCACCAAAACAUCUCAAAUCACUUCGAACAAAGCUUUGCUUUGGGCUCUUAUAAAUGGAAGUGUCUCUGAGAACAGGCUGUUGGAACUGAUGCCUGACUAAUUUGGCAACAUCAAGCUUGCACAUUUUUUAUCCUAAAGCAAAACCUGCAGUUUGUUAUCCUAAAGGAAAUGACUCUUCCCACAAUGAGGGAAAAGGAAUGUCUGUAGGGGAAGAAAACACUGUUUCACUGUUAAAACAUACAAGAUUUCACACGAGGUGUGAUCAGAUCCAAGGGAGGAAAGUAUGCAGGCAGAUUCUUUCCAAAAAUUGUUUUGAAUUUCUACUACAAGACGUCAAACAGAGUGGACUUGCACCUGGACUUCUGACCGAAAUGUCAGCUUUUUGGUAUGUGAGAUGUUUUCUACCACUCAAUACAUAAAAGAGUGCUUGUUUCAAACAACGAGUCACCAGAAAACAGCUUUAAGAUCUACCUUUUCCACACACGUAUAAGCAUUGGCAGGAAAUACCAGGCAUAUUCCAAAUACAGGAUCUUCCUGAGUGGUAAAUAUAUGUACUAAGUCAACCUCAAAAUAGUUUUGUUAAAAAGUUAUCUAUGAACAAGGCAUGCAAGUUGGUCUGUUUUGAAAUGAUAAUGAUAAUUUGUAUUUUUAAAGAAAACCAAAUGAAUAAGCUAAAUGUACUGUAAAUGGAUGGAAAUGUAAACUUUAGAAAUGAAUAUCACACUGAUCGUGAUUUCUUUUCUACAGCAUUUCAUACACCAUAUAUGAAACAAAACCAUGUUUAUUGAUCAGCCAAUUGGCCUUAUCAAAACACACAUUACAAACACAACGUACAGUACACAGCUAGACCAAGUCAGACACCGUAUACAAUUCUAACUCAGUGGCAAACAGGUUAAAAGAAAAGGUAAAGGUUUCCCCUUGACAUUAAGUCUAGUUGUGUCCAACUCUGGGGUGUGGUACUCAUCUCAAUUUCUAAGCCAAAGAGCCAGCAUUGUCCUUAGACACCUCAAAGGUUAUUUGGCCAGCAUGACUGCAUUGAGCGCCAUUACCUUCCUGUCAAAGCGGUAUCUAUUGAUCUCACAUUUUGCAUGUUUUUGAACUGCUAGGCUGGCAGGAGCUGGGGCUAACAGUGGGAGCUCACCCUGCUCCCUGGAUUCAAAUCACCAACCUUUUGGUCAGGAAGUUCAGGUCAGAGGUUUAACCCGCUGCACCACUGGUUACUAAUUUUAUAUUUAUGGAAAAAUGUACUUUCUUACACCUUGCAAGAAAGAACUGAGCAUAAGUAUUCUUUAUAUAUUAUUAAAUUUUUGCAAAAACUUUGCACUGAAUCUCA